UUGGGUGGGAGUCAUCAGUUACUGUCGAAGUGCGGGACGAUGAGAUCGGUAUUGGUAGUGACCGUAGUCUGUAUGCUUGCUUACGCGAGUGGCAGCUACAUGACCAAGGAUGUGAAAUACGGCGAUGAAACAUUCCUGAAGAAGCAGAAAGCCAUUCUCGAGAUCUUCCAACACAUUCAUCAACCAGAACUGCACACUUUCCUGUGGGAAGAAUCCAAGGGAUUCGAUGUUGAACAGAACCUGGACCACUACAGCAAUGUGGAAGCCGUGAAGGAGUUCCUGCGGUUCUACAAGCACGGAAUGCUUCCAAUGGAGGAGAUUUUCUCCAUCCACAACGAAUUCCAUCGCGAGGAAGUCAUCGCCCUCUUCCAUCUGUUCUACUACGCCAAGGACUGGGACACCUUCUACAAGACUAUGGUCUGGGCUCGAUUCCACGUCAACGAAGGAAUGUUCGUGUAUGCCUUGACUGUUGCCGUCCUGCACCGCCACGAUAUGGAGGGAAUCGUCCUGCCUGCUCCCUACGAAAUCUAUCCGUUCUACUUCUUCAAUGAUGUCGUGAUCAGCAAGGCCCAGCGCUACAAGAUGCAAGGCUUCUACAAGAUGAAGAAGGUCAACGAUGUCUACACUGCUUACAUCCCCAGCAACUACACCGGAUACUACGUGCACACCGGUCCGGAACAACGCGUAGGCUACUUCACCGAAGAUAUUGGACUCAACUCGUACUACUACUACUUCCACGCUGAUUAUCCAUUCUGGAUGGGUGGCAAAGAAUUCGGACUGUACAAGGAUCGUCGUGGGGAAUUCUUCCUGUUCCAACAUCAACAGCUUCUGGCCCGGUACUACCUUGAACGCCUGUCCAACGACCUCGGCGUCAUCCCGCCUUUCUCGUGGCACAAGUCCAUCACCACCGGCUACUAUCCAUACCUUCGCUACUACAAUGGAAUUCCAUUCCCGGUUCGCGACAACUACUACAGUGCCUCCGUAGACAAGAGCUACGUCGUUGAACAGAUCGAAGACUUCGAGCACCGUAUCAUGGAAGCCAUCGAUUACGGAUUCAUUACUCUGCCAGAUGGAAAGAACGUCAACAUUACGACUCCCUCCGGAGUUGAAUACCUCGGAAAUCUGAUUCAGUCGAACGGUGACAGCGUCAACACUCGAUUCUACGGAUACCUAGAGAUCCUGGCCAAGUACUUCCUUGGAGGAUCCUUUAAGCUGCAACACGAAUACCGUGCCAUUCCAUCCGUCCUGGAGAAGUUCGAAACCAGCAUGCGUGAUCCCAUGUUCUAUCAAUUCUACAAACGAAUCGUUGAGUUCUACUAUCGCUUCCUGGACCUGCUUCCAUCAUACACGAAGAAAGAACUGGACUUCCCUGGAGUGAAGAUCGAAACCGUUGAAAUGGACAAACUGGUAACCUAUUUCGACAAGUUCGACGCCGACAUCACCAACGCCGUCGACGUGGAAGUGUUCGACGAAACCACCAUGAAAGGAUCCGCUAUGAAGAAGUUCGGCAAGAUCGCCCACUACCAAGGCGAAGACUUCGUCAUCUAUGCCCGCAUGCCUCGCCUCAACCAUCUGCCCUUUACCUUUGAGCUGAACGUUGUGUCCGAAACGGCUCAGAAGGCUGUCGUUUUCGUCUACCUGGGCCCCAAAUACGACCAGUACGGCAACAUCUACGGAGUGGAUGCCAACCGGGAAAACUUCUUCGAAUUGGACCACUUCCUGGUAGACUUGGUCCCGGGCAAGAACGUCAUCACCCGCAACUCUCUGGACUUCAGUUGGUUCGUCAAGGAUCGCACCACCUACUUCGAGCUGUACCAACAGGUCAUGAGGGCCUACAAGGGCGAAGGCAAAUUCCCGCUGGACAUGUCCGAGGCCCAUUGCGGCUUCCCCGCUCGCUUGAUGCUCCCCAAGGGCAAGAAGGGUGGCAUGCCAUUCCAGUUCUUCUUCAUGGUCGUCCCCUACCACGCCCCCAAGGUCCCACAAUUCACCGGCUUCGAUCACACCCUAUCCUGUGGAGUCGGAUCCGGUGCCCGCUACCUGGACGACCUGCCCUUCGGCUUCCCCUUCGAACGUAAGAUCGACGAAAGCGCCUGGUUCACCUCGAACAUGAAGUACUACGACACCCUCAUUUACCACAAAAGUGAAACCGAAGUCAACUCCGUGUAGUUUAAGAAACCCCAUCAACCCAUUUCAAUAAAUUGCAUUCCAUUAUCGGCUCCCCCAAAGCACUCGAAAUACUCAACAAUUAAAAAUCAUCUCCGCACUUGCCGGGUGUUCGUCGUUCGGGCAAAAAUCGUUUCCGUGCGAAAUAUUGCAUCGGACUGGCUGGGACUGGCUCUUGGCAGCCGUUAUCUCGUCAUACUCAUCGCGCCGGCGGAUGUACGCCAUGGUUCACUGUCCCAAAAGCACUCAGCAAAUUGAAAUCAUUCUUUCACGAAAUGCAAAUAGUUUCCCACCGUCGUCGGCGUCGUCGACGUCCACCAAAUGGCACACAAUGGCGUAAUGGCGUUUGCCAUGCCGAAUGAAAAUGGUGGAAAGGGGAGAAUUAUUUCGAAAAUAAAUUCAAACAUACUGCAAUUUAACAACAAGAAUUAAAAUAUUUCGGAUGCAUUCAAACGGAGAAUUUGAACGCGUUUGCGCUUUGGGAAGAUGGGGGGGAAAUGGAGACCGACCGAGAUAGGGAACGAGUGAAUUGUGCGCGCUUCCGGAGAGUCUUCCCGUUCGACGG